GAAGCACUGGGGACCCAAUUAUAGCACUUAAACAUGGAAAAAAUCAGAUUUUCAUGCUAUGACCUCUUUAAGAAUAUUAUAAUGGCUUUAUUGAGCAUCAUCUCUGUCAUGCCAUAUGAGCUCUCUGCUGAUCCCUGCAACAACUACACUGUGCUGGAUGAUUCAAGAAGAUCCAUCAAUUAUUAUUCUUCCUCCUCCAUGUGUGACAGAGAUGUCAGUUGGGUCGGCUGGUAUCGACUUUACCUUAAUGGCCAGAGUGCUCAAAUGCCAGAAACAUGUGUUGAAAAAAAUAUGUGUGGUACUGCAUAUCCACUUUGGCUUAGUGGUGGACACCCAAAACCUGAGGAUGGAGUGGUCACCAGAGAUGUUUGUGGUCACUAUAAUUAUUACUGCUGCUUUUAUCAGUCAUUUCCCAUAAGAGUCAAAGCUUGCACAGGUGGUUAUUAUGUCUAUGAGUUUGUUACACCAACUAAAUGCAGUAUGGCAUACUGUGCAGAUGUUAGCAGUGUUAACUCCAACACAAUGAUCAACUCUACUGGUAAUGUAAAGUGUUGUGUUGUCUAUAGCGAUGUGAACGGUUUAGAGGCAGUAUAA